GCAGCAUCGGGAGCGGGAGCGGCGGCGGCGGCGGAGGCAUCAGGGACAGGGAGGAUGAGGUCCACGUACAGAUCGCAGGGGUAUGUACGUCGUUGGAACGCUCAAGCGCGAGAGGUGUUCGAUGAAUUGCCUGCUGGUGUAUGGCGUCCCGUUGGGUCAAUGGGUUUUUGGUUCCGGUAUUGGGGUUUGUGUGUCAUCUCCUUUCCUCAGUGGUCAGUGCGCGUGCUCAUGAUUGUUUUGUGAUUGCUGCAUGAGCUCGGUGGCAUGUGCGCGUGCGUCCGUUUUCAGUUACUGUCCAUUCAGUUAAUGUGUUUGAUUGGUCGUUCACCAGAGCUGGUUCAGCUGUUAAUUACGACUUCAAAUAUUUGCAACGUUUCAUGAGGAUGUGUAGGAAACCUUUGGUUUCUGCACUUUAAUAACCAGGCCUGUAUUAUUCUUUUCUUGUUUGGGAAUAAUAAUGUCAGCUUUAGGGGAACAGCGCUGUUUUUUUUUUCAGAAUACCGUGGACAAUUUUUUUUUUGUGUGCAGUAAUUUAGAGCACUGUGGGGGUUAUGCCCUAUUCGUCAGGAAAAGCAGCCAAGCUGGGUUUUCACUUGUCUAAGAAACAAGCGUUUAUAGUUUGGGAUCUCCUGUUACCGAUCGUCCAAACCUGAAACUUCAUCUACUAACGGAACAGCUCCUCAAAACUCCCAUACCAGGCAUUGGCAUUGGUGGUUGAUGGUAGCUCUGAACAUUUUCUUCCUCGUUGCUGGUCAGACAGCAUCGACACUCCUUGGUAGGUUCUACUACAACCAAGGUGGAAACAGCAAAUGGAUGUCCACAUUUGUCCAAACCGCUGGCUUUCCAGUAUUGUUUGUCGCCCUAUAUCUGUUCCGUUCAAAGUCGCCUUCUACUCAAACAACCACCAGUAACCCUGAGACUUCUGUCACCAAAAUUACUCUUAUAUACAUUGUCUUGGGCCUCAUCAUUGCUGCCGAUGACUUGAUGUAUUCCUAUGGCCUCUUGUACCUUCCUGUAUCAACAUAUUCGCUCAUAUGCGCUAGUCAGCUGGCCUUCAAUGCUGUCUUCUCUUAUGUCCUGAAUGCUCAAAAGUUCACUGCAUUGAUCCUCAACUCGGUAAUCCUCCUUACCUUUUCUGCUGCACUUCUUGGAGUCGACGAAGAUUCUCAGGGUACUAAUGGUUUGUCGCGUGGGAAGUACAUAUUGGGUUUCACAUUGACCCUAGGAGCCUCAGCCACAUACUCACUAAUACUCUCUCUAAUGCAAGUCACAUUUGAGAAGGUUAUUAAGAAGGAAACGUUCUCAGUCGUGUUGAAUAUGCAGAUAUAUACAGCACUAGUGGCAACAAUAGCUUCUCUUGUUGGGUUAUUUGCAAGCGGUGAGUGGAAGACUUUAGAGGGAGAGAUGCAUGCCUUCAGCUCAGGGAGGUUGUCAUAUGUGAUGACACUUCUAUGGACUGCUGUAUCUUGGCAGAUAGCUUCUGUAGGAGUGGUGGGUUUGAUCUUUGUUGUGUCAUCACUCUUUUCAAAUGUGAUAAGCACACUAGCUCUACCCAUCAUUCCAGUUUUUGCUGUGAUUUUCUUCCACGACAAGAUGAAUGGAGUGAAGAUUAUUGCUAUGUUGAUGGCCAUCUGGGGAUUUGUUUCAUAUGGAUACCAAUUAUAUAUUAGUGACAAGAAAGCUAGGAAGACUUCAGUAAGUGUGGAGGAGAAUUCCUAAGUGCUUGUUGGCUUAUUACAUUGUUCUUUGUGGCUCCUAUACCACUUUAAGUUGCUGGUAUUGAGGAGAUACUAGUUAUUGUAGCCAAAAGGAAGCUCAUUAAAGAAUCUCAGGCUGCAGAAUUCAUAGGUAUAUACUUCUGUUAGUAUUGUCAUAUGUACGGUUGUAUUAUCCCCAAGAUAAUAAGAAUAACAUUUCCGGAGGCAUGCUCUCUAGAUUUCUAAUUCUCUCGUAAAUACUUGCUUGCCUUGA